UAUUUUAUAUAUAAUUAUUUUAAUACACAAAAGGUUGCAUUUAUUUCAUUGAAGGUAAAGUAAAUUAUACUUGUCAUCGUCAGGCCUGCAUUACGACAAUUCGAACUGUGUUGCCAUGCCGUAAAACACUUUGUCCGACCUGCCAGUGAAGAGACCGAAGGCCUGUAAGCUUAUAAAUUUAUAGACGAUGAAAGUAGAACUAUUGAAACGCACUUUCAUUUUAUAGACAGUAUUUUAGUCUUUCUCACGAUGAUCAUAGACAAUGUGGACGCCUUGAAGACGUGGCUAGCAAAACUCCUGGAGCCAAUAUGUGAUGCUGACCCCUCUGCAUUAGCCAACUAUGUUGUGGCACUGGUGAAGAAGGACAAACCAGAGAAGGAGCUGAAAGCACUCUGUGCUGAUCAGCUUGAUGUCUUCCUACAAAAAGAGACAAUAGGAUUUGUGGAUAAACUUUUUGAAUGUCUGACGACUAAGAACUACCUUGGAAAUCCUCCAGCCAAGGAAGCUCCCAAAGAGGAAGUUAAACAACCUGCAGUUAAAACUGAUGUUGUAGAGCCUGAAUUGUCAGAAGAAGAGAGAGAAAACAGACGAAGGAGAAGUCCUCUUAGAAACCGCUCAGACUUCAACGAGUCCAGGAGCCGUGAUGACAGGAGGCGAGACGAGCGCAAGCGCCGUGACUUUGACCGGCAUGGGAAAAGCUGUGGCGAGUCCCAUCGAGAGCGGGAGCGCCAUGAGCGCCGCAGGGGCAGCCCCCGGGGGAGGAGCUACAGCAGAAGCCGGAGCCGCAGUAGGAGCAGCAGCCGAGGAAAAAGCAGGGACAGGGAACAUAGAGGAGGCAGAGACUUUAAGUCCAAGUUCGAGGUGGAAAGGAAAGAUACAGAGAGCUACAACUCCUCCAACACAUCCAACCCCCAGCAGCAGCAGCAGCAUCCAGCAGGUCUCCUGCCCCUGCCCACCCCUCCACACCCUUUUGCCUCCUCUUCAUCGUCCGGUGGAGUCUCAGGAAUUGGUGGAGUACCCAUAGCGACGCUAGCUCACAUGCCCGAUAGCACUACGGAUAGCUGGUCUGGUUACUAUGGCAACCAGAGGCAAGAUGGUGGUGGCAAGCCGUUCAGCAACAAGAGUACUUCACUCAAACAGCGGUGCAGGGAUUAUGAUGAAAAGGGGUUUUGUGUCCGUGGUGACCUCUGCCCUUUUGACCAUGGCAAUGACCCUUUAGUCGUCGAUGAUGUGAACUUGCCCAACAUUAUUCCGUUCCCACCCCCACCUGUAAUGCCCCCAGCUGGCAUGCCCAUGCCCCCAAUUACAGAACCCCCACCCCCCCUCAGGAUGCCUUCAUUGCCACCGUAUGGCCAGCCACCUCCUCCAGGCGUCUUCCCUUUAACAGGACCCCCACUGAUAGCAACCAGUGGGAUUGACACCCCCAACCACCAGUCGGCAAUCACAUCUUCUCCUCCUAUCGGACCGCCUGGAGUGGGGUUGCCACCUACUCUUCCUCCUCCUCCUCCUCCUCCUCCACCUCCUCCUCCUCCUUCCUCGUCCUCAUCUGUGUCUCUGCGUCCCCAAUAUGUCCAGUCUGAAUAUAACUUUGACCCAGAGGGCUAUAACCCAGAAUCCCCAGGUCUGACUGCAGCUGGUCGUAACCCGUACCGGCAAUUCAUCCCCCGGGUUCAGACUCAGCGCUCUAACCUUAUCGGCCUCACAUCAAGUGAAGGUCAAGGCUCCAGAGCUGCCAACAUUGUGAUCCAGACUGAGCCUGCCACCCCAGCCAACCCUCCAGGAGGUAACAUGUCCCGCUUCAACACAGAGCAAGACAGCAGGAAGAGAAGUAUGGGAGCCAAUACAACUGAGGGACCACAGGCUAAAAAACCCUGGAUGGAGAAGCCAGGCUUUAACAACCAGCACAAGAGCAGUUUCCCCAAGAGGAAUCACUAUGUGAACACCAAACUGGAGGUGCGCAAGAUCCCACGUGAGCUCAACAACAUCACCAAGCUCAAUGAGCACUUCAGCAAGUUUGGAACCAUUGUCAAUAUUCAGGUGGUGUUUGGUGGAGACCCAGAGGCGGCGUUGAUCCAAUAUACAAAGAAUGAAGAGGCCAGACGUGCCAUAUCCAGUACUGAGGCAGUCCUUAAUAACCGCUUCAUCCGUGUGUACUGGCACCGAGAGCCUGGUGCGAAUGCCACAGGGAUUCAGCAGCAGGAACAGAGCUCGGGGAGCCAGGUGGCCGGCUCGGCACCGAGCCAGGGGCCACAACAUGGCACCGUACAUAAGGUUGGGGGGAUCAAGCAGCACAAUCCAGCAGCCUACGUGUUGAAUAAAACUGUACCCAAGCAUCGGCUUCCAACAGCAGCUGGGACCACAGCAACAACCAAGGCGGACAGCCAGAACCUAAACACAGACACUGUCGCUGCGGCCUCUGCACUGACAAAUACUCAGAAGGGCGCCUACACUUCAACAGCCCUCAAGUCUUCCUCAAAAAGCCUUGGGAAAACUGGAAAAGCACUAGAAGCACAGGAGGUCCUCAAGAAGAAACAGGAAGCAUUAAAACUUCAGCAGGAUAUGAGGAAGAAGAAGCAAGAGAUGUUGAAGACACAGAUUGAGUGUCAGAAGGCUCUAAUAAACCGUCUGGAGAAGAACCGAGGGAUGAAACCUGAGGAAAGGGCAAACAUCAUGAAGACUCUGAAGGAGUUGACGGAUAAGAUCACCCAGCUGCAGAAUGAAAUGAACCCUGCGUCCCAGGUUACCGGUGCCAAACCCAACCACAACCAGCCCAAGACGAAGACUGACGCCCAGAAGGAGCUGCUUGAUGCUGAGCUGGACUUUCAUAAGAAGAUGAACUCUGGAGAAGACACAACAGACCUCAAGAGAAAACUGGGGCAGCUACAAGUGGAGGCAACGCGGUUGGGUCUCCUCCGGCCUCCAGUCGGCCGAGGUCGUGGCCGAGGAAAGAUGGCCCUGGAGCCCGGCACGAUGCAUGUGGGCCGCGGCAGGGGCCGAAGCCGGGACAUGAUGGCUCGUGGUGGCGCUGUCAACCGCAUGGUGGUCGACCACAGACCCAGAGCCCUGGCUAUUCUGGGAGUCACUCAGGAGGAAAAGGAAGAACUAAUGCCGCACUUUGUGAAAUUUGGUGAGAUUGAGGAUCUUCGUGAUCAAGACGCCAACAGUGUCGUCAUGACCUUCAAAACUCGGAGUGAAGCAGAGAAUGCGGCCAACCAAGGAGCCAAGUUCAAAGGUCGUGUGCUGCAGAUUUCCUGGUACAAGCCCAAGACGCCCUCCGUUACAACAGAACCAGAGGAGGAAGAGUCCAAAGAGGAAGACAGUACGAAGGAAACCAGCUCUUAUCUCCCAGGCGAGGAGGAGGAAGAGGAAGAGGAGGAGGAUGACGACGAAGAUGACGAGUACGAGAGUCGAUCUUGGAGGCGAUAAAGGCGUCUGAGAUUCGUCAUCACCUGCCCUCCGACAAAAUCAGUGGUCGUCUUUUCCCCUGCCUGCAGAUAAUACAAACACAACAGAACUCACCUUUUUUUGUUUUCAGUAUUUUGAAACAAAGUAAUUUUAGACUCUAAUCAAAGUGGAAAAAAGUCUUUGCUUUAGUUGUACAUCAGAAGAUCUUUAGAGGGCCGACGGCUUUUGUAACCCUCGACAACAAUGUAAUUUAAAACAUCUCACUUUUGCUGAGAGAGAUAAAUGUUCGGUUGUUCUUAUAGAUAGAAAAAUCUAUGUAAGUUUCAGUGUGCUUACCAGAUGAUUAAUAUCAGUAAUGCACAACAUUUGUGUCUACUGUGAAUAGGUAUUUUUAUACAUACUGUAUUUAAGCUAUCUUUUCUCACCAGUUUUGAAAAGUCUUGUCCUCUGUUCAGGGACAGUCAUUCCAUCGCAUAUAGAACGUUCUCUGUUGCUACCAGAGAGCGACUUAUUUAUUUUUCCAUACAAGUGCACUGUGCCGUAUCGACAGUAUAUUGGCACACUAUGGCAUGGUUUUCCAUCUCAACUUUGUUCAAACUUCAGUAUAAAAUGAUACAAGAUCCAAAUUUAUUUUGACAGUGGUCCUUUGUGCUGCCAUUACAGAGUGAAUAUGUUUGAUUAUGUGAGUGUGUAUGUGUUACACAGUGAAAGCCCCAUAGACAUCACCUAAAAGUCAUGAUACUAUCCAACAACCACAGCAGUGCAGGUACAGAAGGAUACCAGUGCAAUAGAAAACACAAACGUUUACAAAUUGCCAUAUCCAUACACUUCACCCACAGUUUCGUAGUAAAAAUUGAAUAUCCCCUUGUGUAUUAUGUUACUCACUCUGUUAGGUGCCACUCUGUGUAAAUACAAACACUCAGACAGGUAUUAAGAGUGUGUUUCAGUUUUUCCACUCAUUUUAUUCUGUCACCCAAAGGACCUGACAUGACAAUGAUCAGAUCACUUCUGUCACAAAUGAAAGAUCCAGAGACAGGUGUUUGAAUGUAAUACUGAACCGUUGAUUUUAAAAUAUAUAUAUAUAUAUAUAUAUAUAUAUAUAUAUAUAUAUAUAUUCUUUGCCUUACACAAUCAGCAGAUGGCUGAAUUUUUACAAGAUUUUUGAUUUACUUUUGUAAAUUUUGUAAAUGCUUGAAAGAGAAAUUACUGUUGUACUUUUUUUUUUCUUUUGUCAUUUUUAAUGAAUGACAAGAUUGUGUCAGGUAGUAAAGGUCAAGCAAGAGUGCGUAGUGUCUCUGCUUAUUUGCAAGGAAUUUUUUUUUUUUUUUUUUUUUUGAGAUUGUGUUAAACCAGUUUUUGUUGUUUUACUUUGUUGUCAGCUAAGUAGCAUAUCAUCAACUUCCUAAAAUAAUUGCCCAAGUCAUUUUUCAGAUUUUUCAGGAAACACAAAAACUUAACCAGAAAUUUUGUAUUUGAUGAUUUAGGCAAAAAAAAAAAACAUUUUUGUCAAAGAAAAAAUUACUCGGGCAGUUAUUUCAGGAAGGUGACGAUAUUUCUUUUUAAUGAGCAGUGGAAAACAGUCAUAGGAGGCGUAGGGAGCCAUGCACCUCUCAGUUGUAUUUGUACAUUAGUGUAGCUUUUCCUACAGCAUACAGUGGCAGACAGAACUCAAACCCACUUUUACAGAAUAUGGAACAUUCAUGACAGAAAAGUUAUACAUUGUAUUUCGCCUUCAUCACAAAUACUGUGUUUUAGAAUCCUCAGGAUGGGAGGAAUGAGAAUCUUUAAACUUAGAAAUGUACUCAAAGCAUGGCAAAGCAUUUUUUACAGGUUUGGAAAUUUGCUGUUUUUGUUGCAACAUAUAAAGACAUAACUACAUAACAUCCCAUGAUUGAUUGUAGAUGAAUGUUUCCCUGUCAGGACUAAACUGAUUAUAUGCAGUGCUGCGAAACACCACAAGGAUGGGGAAGUGUUUCCUGUAGCAAUCUGACUACUUCACAUAAACCCACAUGUAUUUACUUGCAGACGUUCGCCUGUGUGUAAAUCUGGUCGGCAACAGUAACAGAAGAAACAUAUUUUGAAGGAGUGCUUGGAUGUGAAUUCAUCUAUGUCAACUUUUUUUUUUUUUCCCUGUAACGCACAAGAGCACCACGUAUUAAAUGGUGUUAAACAUACUGAGAAUACAUAGCUUAUUUUGAAACACGAUUUCCUCCCACUAACAAUGCCGAUAACGCUUUUGUUCGAAUUGCACAUCUCACUGUUGACUGACACUCAGACGCUUCCUGCCAGUGACCUCAUUGUCCAUAUUCUUUGUAGGUCAGGUGUUGAACUUUAAAUCUUGGAAUGACACGUUGGAGUGUGUCACCAUGGCACCUUGUACUGUAAUAUAAUUUUGCUUGUGUUUUUUUUUUUUCAAUGAGGUCAGUGGCAGAUUUUAAGGACAAGCUAUACUGGCAGUGUUCUUGCUUGUGUUAAGUGAGGAUUCACAUGUCUCUUUCCCACUUUUUUGUACUCUUCUGUAUGCUACUAUCACAAUAGUGUAAAAAUAUGUAAAAUGUUUAUUGGAUAAUAGUUUUGGAUUUGUUACUGUUUAUAUUUGCAGGAUGUGGAUGUAUUUUCUUCAUGUAUUUUGUUUGUAAAAAAAAAAAGGAUUUCUAAUUUACUAGCAUGUUUGCUUUUGGCAAUAAAGAUGGAGGAAUGGGGUGCUUGUAGGAUGAACAAAAUCAAAAAAAAAAGAAAAGGAAAAAAACAAUUGGAUUCUAUCUUGAGGGGAAAAAAGAGAGAAAAAAAGAAAAUUAACUUAAAGAAUGAAAAUUGACCAAAAAAAAAAAAAAAAA